UUGUACAAUAUAAAAACUGCAACUAACCUGAUCAGAGUACUGCCGGCUGGAUUUCCUGUGCUGUUCUCAGAUGCCAGCUGCACUGUGGUGGGCACUGAGCAAAAGUCUGCACUUGGCAAUCCUUCAGGAGUACAGCUCCAAAGUACUUCCACUCCAGGCAAUGAAUACAACAACACCUCAUCCAAUGUGGCUUCCAAGCCCAGAGUUUUCAAGGACAAAGAUGACAGCCGCUUUACUACCUUUAUGAAUCAUCCUGAAAUCUCUGAAAUAAUCAAUGAGUACUUUGAAAGAAUGAAUCUUGCCCAACACAAUGAGUAUCCAAGUAUUAAACAUGACAUUCAUGAAGUUGUGGCAAUGGACCUGUACUGUAUUUAUAGUCCAACAGACAGUGUAUUUUUAAGCGAAUUUAAACUUUUAAACGAAGACGAAUUUUUAAAUGAAGAUGGUAGCCCCAAAGAGGAAACAAUUCAAAAAGCUAAAGCAUACUUGUUGAAAUCUAAACCCCCAACAUUAGAGGUAUCAGGUUUUGGAUUUCGUCAUAUCCCGAUUGAGGCAUGGAAGUUUCUCACUGAUCACUGUGGAACUUAG